CUCUCUCUCUCUCUCUCUUUCUACGCUCUCUACACUCGCUACAUUCACUGCCUUACGCUCGCUCAAGAUAGACAGACAACUCGCUCGCGCUCAGAGGAGACCGCUUGACCAGCUGCUGGCCCCGUCCUAGGAUGUCGAGCUGCCUCUAUCCCCCCUAGACCGACCUUCGCAGCAGACGGCGGACCAGCAAGCACCCAGAACGCCCCCGACAGACCGACCAGCAAGAAGAGCACACCAGGACCCUGAAGAACGACCGGCCGAAGAGACGAAGAGACGAGGAUGGCUCUGGCAGUGCCGGACGGCGGGCUGACGCUGCACCGCGACGCUGCCUCCUCCCAGUUCCUCCGGCUCAACCUCCCCCAGUCGACCCUCGCAGACCUGCUCCAGGUGCUCAACGACCCGUCUCUGCCAGCCGCCGCUGCUCCUCGUCUGCGGCUGGGAAAACACCCUUCGCUGCUCAUAAACUGCAAGCCGACCCCCUUCCACGCCUAUCCCCAGACCUCUCGCUCGGAGAUAUACCAGCACGGCGGCAGCCAGAGCCAGGAUGCCUCCGCCGGCGGAGACGGAGGCCUCUACUUCUCGGGCGUGCUCAGCCAUAGCCUGGAGGUGCAGAAGGCCAAAGAGGCCACUGCGGCCACCGACGAGGCCCUCACAAACCUCGAGCGCAGCCUCAACGCCUUCGAGAAGGGCAAGGAGUCUCGCCGGACUCCCCUGAUCGCUACCAUUGACCAGAUGCGGGCCCUGGGCGCCGGCGACAGCAGGUCGGCCACGGGCAGAGAGGCCGCCAGUCUGGCCAGAAAGUCGACCAGCAGAGCCGACCAGGAGAAAGAGCGCUUCUUCAAGAACGCCAAUGCCUCUCGAUCGACGCCUGUGAGCCCGGCCCUCGUUCCUCUCUCGCCUCUGCCGCCGGCGGCGGCUGCUGCAACUACUACGGACCGGGAGAACCAGCGCCUCGAGGCCAUCCGGACACCGCUCAUACACCUGCUCGCCAUACGGCCCGUCUCGGCCAAGUUUCUCGCUGCUCGAACGCGCUGCAACAAUGCGGAUGUGCUCGCUCUGACCAACAAGCUGUGCACUCCCAACCGGCUGGACGGGUCCAAGUUCGAUCUCAAGGACAAGGUGUACAAGGAUCUCGAUGUCUGGUCGUUCCCUUACCCGUCAGACGAGGAGAGGACGGAGGCGAUCGAGAAUGCCAUCUCUGCCUUUGACCGGAUGCGGAUUUCCAAGGCAGACCGGCUCUGGCAGACAUUGCUGCCCAAGCAUGAGCGAGGAAAAGGAAAGGUCCUCUCCCGGCUCAAUCUACGCACCCAGCCCCAGGGCCAGGCCCAGACACAGCAGCAACAGUCUAGACUACAGGUCCAAGAAGAAGGCGGGUACGGCACCGGCAAUGAGUCCGAAGGCCCAGCGGCCCCAGACCAGUCCAUGACCACCACAACAACCCCGACGAUCUCACACCACCCUCCAACUGCCAAACCGGCGGCGAAGAAGAGAGGAGGGCUGGAAAAGGCACUCUCUUCCAAGCGAGGGCCCAAACCAAAGUCGACGCCCGCUGCUACGCUUACGGGCAAAGUAACCAAGAAGACAGAGAAGAAGACGCCAGCGGCCGGUUCUGCGGCGUCGCUCAAGUCGAGGGAUGCGGACCGAUUCAAGUCCUCCGAGUUCAUCCUCGACUCAGACGAGGAAGAGGCGGCGGCUAACAGCAUCGUCGCCAGCAGCAAGCCUACCCUCGCAGCCACAACAACACCAACGACAACUGCUGCUGCUGCUACUACUACUACUACUACUACCUCGACUGCCCAGCGCGGCCGGCCGCCAAAGACAAAGAAAGUGCCCGCCAGACGACAGCCCCCUUCAGCCAUAUCCGCUCCGACUACGUCAACAACCACACGACCGGCCAAUGCUCGUCACCGCCUACCAAUGCCUCCGACGUCGACGUCCCCAGCGCCCGCCCGUCCACCACAAAGUCUCGCCCUCACUCCAAUUCACACUCGUCCAGCUCUUCUUCACCCCUGA